AUGUGCAUCUCCACCGUGGACCACCAGCGCAUCCUCAAGGACCCCUCCCUGCUCCCAGCGGUGGACCUGGCACCAGUUGACGCGGCCAAGGCGGGGCUGGAGCUGAUCGUCCACGACGACGCCGCGCGCUACGACGGGCUCUCCGUGGAAGAUGUGCGCGAAGGCUUCCACGCCCUAUGUACGGACGGUGACCCCGCCGCGCCGUCAGUCGCGGAGCUCUUCGUGAACCCACACAUUCUGUCUGUACGAAUACGCGCCGGACUGCCGGUGUCGGCGGUCGUGUGCUUGAUGGUGGACGGGGAGGUGCUGCGCGCGGUGGGCCAGGACCUGCGCAGUGAGUACGGCGAGGGCCUGUUUGUCAAGGCCAUUGAGCGAUUGCCUUGUCUAGGAUCCGACCACGCGGCGGUGGCAUGGAUCAGCUUUUGUCGCCGAUACGGCGCACCGCUGGUCUAUAAUGGCUCAUGGCCAAUGGAUCUGGAGUUGGAGUCUGCCGGCAUUGACUCCGGUAAGCUGGCCGAGAUCGAGGAGGCUUAUGCAAGGGGAGAGUAG